AUGGAUAGCAAUUUUACAAUCUAAAAUCUAACAUCUAAAGCUUUGGUUUAAUAAUUUGGAUCUCCUUUAUAUGUUUAUGAUGAGGAGAUUAUUAAGAGAUAGUGUUAAACAAUAACGGCAGCCUUAUAAAAUUCAUUUGAUUAAGGUGCUAAAGUUUUGUAUGCUUGUAAAGCCAACAGUAAUCCAAACAUUUUAAAAAUAAUGAGAUUAAAUGGAAUACAUGGUAUAGAUGCAGUCUCACCAAAUGAGAUUGAAGUUGCUUUACAAGCUGGAUUUCUUAAUAAUUAAAUUACCUAUACAGCAAAUUAUAUGACAAAAGAGGAAAUUAAUUAUGCAAUCCAAAAAGGAGUAAUUCUAAAUGUUGGAGAAAUAGAUACUUUAAAAAAAUUAAUUGAAUAUAAAGCUGAAGUGAUUAUCAGAUUAAAUCUGGAUAUAGGUAUUGGACAUCAUAAUCAUGUAAAUACAGGAGGAAAUGAUAGUAAAUUUGGUAUAAAUCUCAUGUGGAAGGAAUAAUUAAUUGAAAUUUAAAAAUAAGGUGUCAAAAUCAUUGGAUUACAUUAACAUAUGGGCAGUAAAAUUAUGAAAAAGGAUCAUGAUUUUUAUUUAUUAGGAAUUGAAAAAUUAUUUUAAGCUGCAACCUAAGAAUUAGAUUUACCUUAUUUAAAAUAUAUAGAUAUUGGAGGAGGAUUUGGAGUCAAAUAUCAAGAAUAUGAAGAAAUUAGUGAUUUAAAUAUCCUUUUUUCAGAAAUCAAAAAAUUAUAUGAUAAAUAUUUUAUUAACGUCAAACCUAUGUUAUUUAUUGAACCUGGAAGAUAUUUAAUUGCUGAAUCAGGUUAUUUAUUAUGCACAGUAUAAGCUAUUAAUACUAAUAAAUAAAAAACAUUUGUAGGUACUGAUUCAGGAAUGCAUCAUCUCAUUAGACCAGCAUUAUAUUAAUCUUAUCAUGCAAUAAUCAAUUCAGAAGAGAAAUAAAUUGAACCAAAACUUGUUACUGUUUGUGGAAACAUAUGUGAAAGUGGAGAUUUACUAGGAAUAGAUAGAAACUUAAAGGUUGAAGUUAAUGAUGUUCUUGUUGUUUAGAAUGGAGGAGCUUAUGGUUUUUCUAUGAGUUCCAAUUAUAAUUUAAGAGAAAGACCUGCAGAAAUAUUAAUUAGAGAUGGUCAACCAUAUAUCAUUAGAAAAAGAGAAACUUUAGAUUAUCUAUUAGCUAAUAUAGUGAUAUUAUGA